GGAAGACCUGGGACAGGAGUGUAUCUUCUAGCAGCUUCAAGUGACUUUUUCCUCAACCUGAUCACCAACCAACCAGAACAGCACACUUCAAACAUAUCCUUCACUAAAAAACAUGGCCAAGAGUGGGAAGAGCCCCAAGGGCAAGAAGAUCACCCUCAAUGUGGCCAAGAAUUGUAUCAAAAUCACGUUUGAUGGGAGAAAACGCCUCGACUUGAGCAAGAUGGGAAUCACCACCUUCCCAAAGUGUAUUCUGAAACUCAAUGACAUAGAUGAGCUCGAUCUUAGCCGGAAUAUGCUCAAGAGGAUCCCUGAUUCAAUCUCCAAGUUCCAGAGCCUACGAUGGCUGGACCUGCACAGCAACUACAUCGACAAGCUCCCUGAGUCCAUCGGCCAAAUGACUAGUCUGCUGUACCUUAAUGCCAGCAACAACAGGCUGACCACCAACGGGCUGCCCGUGGAACUCAACCAGCUUAAGAAUAUCCGCACCGUGAAUUUAGGCCUGAACCACCUGGACAGUGUGCCCACCACACUGGGUGCCCUGAAGGAGCUCCAUGAGGUCGGGCUCCAUGACAACCUGCUCAGCGCCAUCCCCACCAGCAUCUCCAAGCUCCCCAAGCUGAAGAAGCUCAACACCAAGCGAAACCCCUUCCUCCAGCCGGAGGAGACGGAUGUCUUCUUAGAUAACAUCAAGAGGCUGGAUAACUUAUAUCUGGUGGAGGCGAAGGAUCUGUGUGGGCCUUGCCUGAAAAAAUGCCAACAGGCCCGAGAGAAGCUGAACAAAAUCAAGAGCCUAGUCCCGGGGACACCGAAAAAGGCUGCCUUCACCAAUUUAAUCGCGCCCAACUCCACGGCCAAGGAGUCCCAGGAAGAAUGGAGGUGACCUUGUACCCUGACCCUGAGGCAGAAAGGGAACAGGGAGGGAGGAAAGAUGGCAAUGGGCUGCUUCCACAGAAAAUUGAGAGAUUACCCCAUGACUGCAAUAGUGCUUUCAGCUAAGCCCAUAAAGUACUUUCCCUACUGUCUUGGCUUGUGGUUUUGUUGCCUGAAGGGCUCUUGGUUCUUGGUCAUUGUCUCUCGGCGUGCACCCCCCGCACAUGCAGGUAUAGGAGUAGGGAAAGGGCUGUACAGCUCACUUCUGCUCCAGAACUCUCCUCUGCCGUAGUCCCGUGGCCCAGCAGCUGAGAUAGCCACACUCUUAGCUUCAUUAUCUGCACUUCAGGACUAACCACCAGCUCCCAAAUGUGGGGCUUGUUCUGUGGAGCUGCUUUGGGUCAGAGCUUGAAAGGUCAGGGGCAGCUAGGAGGCAGAGGACAUUAGCCUUGGAAGGGAACAAAGCAGAGGUGGGAAGGUAUUAUCAUUAAGCAUCCCAGGUAACAUCCUGGCU